GCGUCUCUUUGUCAGCUGGCCCGGCUUGACGAUUUCCUCUCGGUGAAGGUGGCCUGAGCAGGAGUUCGGGCUCGGUCUUGGCGCGGGGAGAUAUUCGGUGCCUUUUGAGAGUCGUAACAGGAACAGGAGAAACUCUAUGCUCACGCUGUAAUUAUCGAGGAGAUGCCAUUGGGGACGGGGUGUAUGAAGUUAGUGUCCAAAGAGAGAGAAUGGAGCAUGGUGAUCUCCAACCUCCUGCUGUGUGCAGCAGCAUUGUUGGCCACUCAUCGUGCCCAUAAGGUGAACCUGGGCUCUGCCGCUGGCUUCCUUAUGCAUGCCUGCACAGGUGCUGUGGGCAUCAUCCACUCGUACAGCAAGGAGCCACCUCCUCUCCUCACCAUCAGCCUGCAAAAGGUGAGCUGGGUCUCCAUGGUCAUCGGGCUGCCUCUUGUUUCCUUUGGCUUCCACUGGCUCAGUGAUGACUGUGUGGCCGCUAACUCAGCAGUGGCCUGCGGUAUUCUUGCCGCAGCCUGCUGCGAGAAUAUGGCCGAAGAGGGUCGGGAGGCGGCAGUCAGACUGUCCAUCGCUGCUCCUAUCCUCUCUGUCCUGACUGUCUGCCUCUUCACCGUCAACCUGUAUGGCAUUGUAGGCAGCCUGGCCGUUUGUCUGGCUGGCAUGGUGGCAGAGCUUCAGCUGGAUGGUCCGCUGGGGCUGAAGAAAAUGGAUGUGCAGAAUGUCCUGCUGACCUCUGGGCUCAUGGCACUACAGCAAGCACUGGACACACAGCAGCGGGCACAGGCAAUGUGACCCUCACUCUGUCACCAUGGGAACUGCAAUUUUAUGGCACAAUCGCCAAAGGGGAUGAGAAUGACCCUGACCCUUGACCUCACUGGUAUGACACAGGAUACCCUGGAGAAGUUGAACUUUACCCCAUAGGCUCAGACACAAGGCCAUCGUGUGGUCACCUACAGGCUGAUCAGCAAAAACUCAGCACCUUCAAAGAGAUGGGAGGAAAUGACCAGAUGGCAGUGAAAUGGACUCUGAGUCCCUAGGAGUUGAGACCAACCCACUCGAGUUGGAGAAUCACUAAGC